AUGUCUAGUAGUUUAUUUAAGCAAAAUAGCGCUAGAGAUGGAUUCUUGAGGAGAAGAAUUUUAAGUGUAGAUAGUCAAGUUACUUCUGAAUGGGACAAAUUGUCGCGACGAGACAAAAUUAGAAUUUUAGACUCAAAUUUUGAUUUUCAAGGCAAAACUAUGAAGUUCAAUAGUUUUAAUAAUUUAUAUCCUGAGCUUAUUAAGACUUUGACAUUUGAUCAGUUGAAAAGUGUGUUAUAUAAACAAAAGCUAGUUAUUGGAAGGAAAAUCGAAAAUCAUACUGAUUAUUAUGUAGAUCGUCGAUUUCUUCAUGAAGAUGCAAAAUUGAUUUGUUUUGAGUUUCAAUUUGGACAUGAAUUUAUUCAAACUUACGAUGAUCCUUACGAGCAUCAAGACAGCAGAACAGCUGGUAGAACAUUUAAAGAAUUUUAUGAAGAAUUUUUCAAGUUAAGCUUUAAAGAACGUUCUCAAAUUUUCACUAAAGUAAGGAAAAAUGAAUUUUAUCAAAGUUGUAAUUAUGAUUUAAAUGAAGAUAUUUUUCAUUUCCUUAAUGUAAGUUCUAAUGAGAUGAUAAAGCAAGCAGAAAGGGAUAAAGUUUUAGUUUUAUCAUCAGAUACUGGUUUGGGAAAGACAACAGCUUUAAAGCAUAUAGCAGUAGAAUUUAAAAACAAAUUUCCAACAAAAUGGGUUUCUUAUAUUGAUCUUAAAAUCUUUACAAAUCUUUUUAAGUCAGAUCCUAAUGCAGACAAGGUUGAAGAAUUAUUGAUGAAAAUUCUAGAUUUAAAUUUAGAACGAAAUAGUUUUGAGGUUGAAGUUUUUCGAGAAUCUUUUAAAUCGGGCAAUGUAGUUCUAUUUUGGGAUGAUUUUGGAGAAAUUUCUUCAGAUUAUGUUUUAAAAUUCUUAAAAUUCAUUCGAGAAAAUAGUUCAAAUAUUCAAUUUGUAUCUACAGAUAUUUCUUAUUCAGAUCAAUUUGAUGUUCGUACGUUAUUAUUGAAUCCUUUUGAUCAAAAUGAGAAACAGGAAUUUUUGAGGAAGUUCCUAAUGUCUGAAAAUCCUCUAGAUGUCAGUAUCGACGAAAAAGUUAAAAAUAUUAAUGAUUUCAUUAAAAAAUUUGAUUUUCAUAAUGAAUCUUCUUCUGAAUUUAAUAGCCCAACAAUUUUAAAGCUAAUAGUAAGCUAUCGUGAUAUUGCAUUUCCUUUAAAAUAUGACAACAUCUAUAAAAUUUAUGAAUAUAUUAUUGAUAGUAAGAUUGAAUUUUGGAUUCACCAAAAUGAAAAUUUACUUAAUGGAAAAUCCAAAUCAACUGUUAGAGAUUUAUUAAAAAGAAUUUUACAAAAAUAUGCAUUGAUAAGUCAAAUUCAUGCUUUUAAAAUCUCAACAUCUUUCUCGAAAUUGUUAAAGUUACAAAUUAUGCAAAUAGAACUUCCAGAAGAUUUCCCACUUAAAGAAAUUUCACAAAUGAAACUUUUUAAUGAUAAAAAUAUAUUUUACCAUUCCACAUUUUCGCAAUUUUUUGUCGCUCAGUACUUCAUUGAAAAUAUUUUUAAUGUUGAUGAUCUUGUAGAUAGUGACGAAGCUGAAAUAAGACUUGAAAUAUUUCAUCAUAUGGUCCACAUUUAUGGUGAUCACGAUCGAAUUAUAACUGAUUUUAUGAGCUCAUACCUUCUUACCAGAGAUAAAAAUAAAGAUAAAAAUUUUAAUUCGUUGAUUUCAACACUUUUGAGGACAAAAUUUAAAAAUUUCUUCAUUCGGAUUUUGGAUACAAAUUAUUCAGAUGUUUUUAAGUUUUUAUUUGAGUUUUUCAAGAAAGACCACGAUCUAGUUGUUGACUUAUUGCAUGUCAAUGAAGUUGAAACCUUCUACACAGCAAUUUUUAAUCCAAAUCAUUUUGCGCUGUUUACCAAUCCAGAUGAAAUUAAAGUUUUAGCCAAAAAUUGUUUAACUGAUGAAGAAUUUGAUAAAUUUGUGACUGGAAAGAAUCAAAAGGGUGUCAUUUUGUCUGGAAUUUACUUUUAUAAUUUGCUUAAUAUCUCAAAAGUAAAUGAUGGAUAUAAUGUUGAGCUUCAGACAUUUAACAAUGGUAAUUAUUCAUUUUGGGAAUUCUUGAAUAAAAUCAAAGAGUCAUUGACCUUAAACGAGUACAGACAGCUUCUAACAGCUUUGCUGAGUCCAAAACUUUAUUUGUUUUAUGACAAAUUAUUCAGCGAUUCCGUUUUUUCUGACUAUAAAAAUCUUUGGUCAACUGUUGAAAGCUUAUCAACAAAAAGUCAAAUAUCAGAAAUAUUAGGAAAUACUUUACAUAACAUCCUCGAAGUAAUACCUCAAAAUAAAAAUGAUUACGGCCAGUAUUCGUCUUUUUUGCUAGAUAAAGCUGAAAAAUUGCUUUCAAAAUCUGAAAUUUACGAAAUGUUUUUAAAUAAAAAUAUUUUACACGAAGCCGUUUGGGCUGAUUUUGAAGGAUUAUGGAACUACUUCGAAAAUCAAACGACAAACGAACAGCAACGAUCAAUUUUACUUAAAAACGAUUUUGACGACAAAAACUUUUAUUUCUAUCGAUCAUAUUUGGAAGAAAAAGCAAAUCUUUCUAGUUCCAUGUAUCAAUAUUACCCUUAUGACUUCACGCCAUACAAUAUAUUUCAUAGAUCUUUAGUAAGACCAAGUGCACCUACAUAUGACAUCACAAAACAAAUCUAUGAUAAUCAUUUUAACAAAGCAGAAAUGCAAGAAAUGAUUUUAAGUUCAAAUCACUUUAUUAUUGUCUUAAUUACAAUGACUGAUAAAGAACCUUGUGAGAGAUUUGUAGAAUACUUAGAAAAAUUAUUUGAAGAAAAUGAAAAUCUCUUAAAAAAAUAUUUGGAAGAAAAAAUUAAGCCAACAAAUUUAUCACUUUUGGAAUAUGUGAAAAAAUUGACGAAUUAUACUGACUUCUUAGACCAAUUAAUUAAUUUAAAAUCUUUUACUAAUUUGUAUGAAAAGUUGUAA